AUGUUUCCUUCUACCGUCCCGAUACCAUCCAAUUACUUUAUGAAAGGAAAUGGCAAACCAUCAUUUCACAACUUUUCAGCAUUUGAGCAGUAUCUGGAAACAUACCAGAUUUCAAUUCGUGAUCCUGAAUCGUUCUGGCAUAAAACUGCCGAGGAAUUGCUUGAAUGGGACAAGCCAUUCGAUUCCAUUCGUCAGGGAACAUUUGAGGGCGAAGACAAUGCAUGGUUCAUCAACGGUCGUUUGAACGCUUCUUCCAAUUGUGUUGAUCGCUGGGCACGUGAGAAACCCAAUUACCCUGCCAUCAUUUACGAGCCCGAUGAGCCCGACAGCCCACUACAGCGCACCAUUUCUUUCGUAGAACUCCGACAAGAAGUCUCCAGGGCAGCAUGGGUGCUGAAGGAUCUUGGAAUUCGAAAAGGCGAUACCGUCGCGAUCUACAUGCCCAUGAUCCCAGAGGCUUUCAUCACGCUUCUUGCCUGCUCUCGAAUCGGAGCCAUUCAUAGUGUUGUCUUUGCAGGAUUCUCAGCGAACGCACUGAAAGACCGUAUACAGGACGCAAAGGCAAAAGUUGUUAUUGCUGAUGAAGCAAUUGAGGGGUGCCCUGAGGUGCGCCACUGCUUGUUUGUCAAACGUUCGGAGGAUUCUGAUCAACUUCGCCCGCGAGAUCGCAUCUGGCAAGAGGAGUGCUCGAAAUGGUCACCUUAUUUCCCGCCAGAGUCCAUGAAUAGUGAGGACCCUCUGUUCAUGCUGUACACAUCUGGAUCGACCGGUAAACCAAAGGGUUUGCUCCACUCUACUGCUGGCUAUCUUUUGGGUGCGGCAUUGACUACCAAACACAUAUUCGACAUCCAGGACGGCGACGUCUUUUUCUGUGGCGGAGACAUUGGCUGGAUCACAGGACACACAUAUGGAAUCUAUGGCCCACUCUCGCUUGGCUGUACUACUGUCAUAUUCGAAGGAACGCCUGCAUACCCCAAUCUAUCUCGAUAUUGGGAUAUCAUUAUGAAACAUCGCGUCACUCAAUUCUACACUGCCCCGACAGCACUGAGGCUACUCAAGCGAGGCGGAGAUCAGUACGUGAAUCACGAUAUGACGGCACAUUUACGUGUACUUGGGUCAGUGGGGGAGCCUCUGGCAGCGAAUAUCUGGAAAUGGCUUAACGAAGUGGUGGGGAGAGGUGAAGCGCAGGUGGUGGACAACUAUUUUCAGACAGAAACCGGAUCGCACGUGCUAUCCGCUCUUGCUGGGGUUGUUCCAUCGAAGCCCGGAUGCUGUUGUCUUCCUUUCCUAGGAGUCGAAGCUGCUAUCUUGGAUCCCGCCGGCAAUGAGCUUCCUGAUGGGUCAGAAGGUAUCUUGGCGAUCCGCAAACCUACACCGUCAAUGUGCCGUUCAAUUUGGGGUGACCAUGCUCGAUUUGCUUCGGUCUAUUACAAACCGUACCCGGGAUAUUACUUCACAGGCGAUAAAGCCAUUCGCGAUUCAGAUGGUUAUUACUGGAUUCAAGGUCGAACUGACGAUGUCAUCAAUGUGUCUGCUCAUCGCCUGAGCACUGCAGAGAUUGAAGGUGCAUUGUUGGAGCACCCACUCUUUGCGGAAGUGGCUGUCAUUGGAGUCCCAGACGAUCUUACCGGGCAGGCUGUAGCUGCAUUUGUGAGCACAAAACUGUCGGAUGAAGCUACCGAUUUUCCGAAGGAGGCUCGCGUCAAGGUGCAGCAAAGCAUUGGCAAAUUCGCUGUUCCGGCCCAUGUCAUUGUGGUCGAUGAUCUACCUCGUACCAGGUCAGGGAAGAUUAUGCGACGUCUAUUGAGGAAGAUCUGGGAGGGCCAAUAUGAGUCUCUUGGUGACACGAGUACCCUGGUGAACCCUUUGUGCAUCGACAGUCUCAUUACGAUUAUCCAAAUCUAUCAAAGACAUGACUCUGCAACUACCACACCGACUCAUUCCGACAAUCAUAACGAGCCAAUUCUUUCCGCUCAAUAG